UCGAGCACACGUAACCCGGAAUUUCCAUCAUAUUUGGAAGAUGUGCAUUAUGGGAAACUGUGUUUCAAUGAAAGAGGCUUAUAGCUUCAGACGGCUCAUCCGGUCUCCUGACACAGUGGAGGAGCUGCAUCACAUUCUGGAACCAGAGCAUCUAAAGGCUCCAAGCAGCUCACCUGGGAUGCAGUCUUCAGGUUUCUGCAGAGGUAUCUGCAAAAAGACUGAGCUGCUCCAGUCAGAGAAAGCCAACGUGUCGACCACCACAAAGGCUAACCAUCAGAAGAAGAUGCAGGAGAUCAGCAGCCUGGUCAAAUACUUCAUCCGCUGUGCCAACAAGAGAUGGCCUCGUCUGGAGUGUGGCGAGCUCCUGAAUCAUGUGAUGGAGGUGCUGCGGAGCUCAUUCAGCUGCUAGGCCUAUGGGGAGGACUACAGCAGCAUCCUGCUCAAGAACAUCCUGUCUCUCCGCAAGUACUGGUGUGAGAUCACCCAGCAGCAGUGGUACAGUCAGUGGUCCUUAUUGCUCUCUCAAUACAGCAGGGACUUAGAUUUUUAUGUGCUGUGGUAAUCUAUGAAUGUAAUUGGUGAUGUUUUGGGGUAAUUGCAGGUAGUAAUAGGGAAGUAAUUGGUGAUAUUUUGGGGUAAUUGCAGCCAGUAAUAGGAAAUACAAUGCAAUGUAAAUGGUUGAUUGAAGAGCAAGAAGUUGUCAUGACGUUGGGUUGGGGGUAGGUUUACGACAGUCAUAAAUACCUCUUUCCCCCUUUUUCUCUCUCCCCA